UUCCGGGGCGAACUACAACCAUUUGCUGCAUACACCAGCGGUCGACUCAAAAUCCACGGAGACAUUAAGACUGCCAUGAAGCUGGAGGAACUCAUAAAACUACUUAAGAAACAGAGUUCACAGUAACCAUAGCACAUUUCUGUAUUUCUGUUGCCGGGAUGGCCAGGUGGAGUGUGUGGCGCAGCCCUGUGACGCUUCCCCCGUCCUGGAGAAGAGAGCUGACAGCAUCAGGUGUGAGCUGCAGCAGUAGUAUGCCAGUGGUCAAACAGGCGUUCUCAGAGAGCAGUAGUAUUGUCAGGCCUUUCAGGGAGAUUCCUGGACUGUGGAAGAACGGGGCGGCCAACUUGUACAAUUUCUGGAAACUGGAUGGAUUCAAAAACCUUCACCGCAUUAUGUUGCAAAACUUCAACACGUUUGGACCCAUCUACAGAGAAAAAAUAGGUUAUUAUGAAAGUGUUAAUAUCAUCAAUCCUGAGGAUGCUGCCAUCGUGUUCAGAGCGGAGGGCCAUUAUCCUAAAAGGCUGCAAGUUGAAGCAUGGACAGCUUACAGAGACUACAGGAAUCGCAAAUAUGGAGUUUUACUUAAGAAUGGAGAAGACUGGAGAUCAAACCGGGUGAUUCUUAACAAGGAGGUGAUUUCCCCGAAAGUGUUGGAAAACUUUGUACCUUUGCUGGAUGAAGUGGGCCAGGAUUUUGUGGCCAGAGUUCACAAAAAGAUACAGCGAAGUGGCCAAAACAAAUGGACCACUGACCUCUCUCAAGAACUCUUUAAAUAUGCUCUAGAAUCGGUGAGCUCAGUGCUGUAUGGGGACCGUCUGGGUUUGAUGCUGGACUACAUUGAUCCUGAAGCUCAACAUUUUAUUGACUGCAUCACCGUCAUGUUCAAGACUACCUCACCCAUGCUGUACAUCCCACCGGGUCUGUUGAGACAGAUUGGAGCGAAGGUGUGGCGGGACCAUGUGGAGGCUUGGGACGGGAUCUUCAACCAAGCGGACCGCUGCAUCACAAACAUCUACCGACGGUUGCGUGAGGAGACUGGUGCUCAGAAGAAAUACCCAGGAGUCCUGGCCAGUCUUCUAAUGCUGGACAAGCUAUCCAUUGAAGACAUCAAGGCCAGUGUCACUGAGCUAAUGGCUGGAGGAGUAGAUACGACUUCUAUAACGCUACUGUGGACAUUGUACGAACUAGCCAGGCACCCCAACCUCCAGGAGGAGCUGAGGGCGGAGGUGGCUACAGCGCGGGCUGAGAGCCAGGGGGACAUGCUGGAGAUGCUGAAGCGGAUUCCCUUGGUUAAAGGAGCUCUUAAGGAAACACUGAGGUUACACCCGGUCGCAGUGAGCUUGCAAAGAUACAUAGCAGAAGAUAUCAUCAUUCAAAACUACCACAUCCCAGCAGGGACUUUAGUUCAGUUGGGACUAUACGCAAUGGGAAGAGACCCCAAGGUGUUUUUUCGUCCGGAGCAGUAUCAACCUUCCCGCUGGCUGAGGACAGAGAUGCACUACUUCAGAAGCCUGGGCUUCGGCUUCGGCCCCCGUCAAUGUUUAGGCCGCAGAAUAGCUGAGGCAGAGAUGCAACUCUUCCUCAUCCAUAUGCUUGAGAACUUCAGGGUGGAGAAACAGCGCAACGUGGAAGUGCAGAGCACCUUUGAGCUCAUUCUCCUUCCAGAAAAACCUAUAAUUCUGACUUUGAAACCUCUACAAACUAGUCGGUAACACAAAAACAUUAGGAAAGAAAAAGGUCAAAAUGUGCAUGAACAAAUGACCUCAGUAAUUCCAUUACUGGUAAACAAUUGCAACUAUUACAUGAUAUGUAUUGAAGUUAUAUUACUAAGUGAGAAAUGGUGACAAUGUGUAGUCUGCGUGUGUACAAUAUUCUGAUAAUAUUCAGUGUAAAUGGGAAAAGAUCAUUUAAAAAACAGACACAAACUAAGUCCUGUGAUAUAAAAUUUUACUACAUAGUUUAAUUCUUAAACCUUUGUCUUAGCUCAAUAUUUCAUUUACAGGUCAUUUUUUUUUCCAGUUUCUGCCUCCCCUGUCUGCUUUGCUGAUGUGAAGAAUCUGAUACAGCCCUUUGUCAUCCUUCCUUGUUAAAUACCUUUUAAAAUGCGGCACAGUAUGUCAAAGGAAAACUAACUGCACUCAGCUGACCAAUGAAAGGUUCUGGAGGAUUGGGGUGGACGUGCGGACAAAGCCGUGCCUGUGCUCACUCAGUCUGGUCAACAUUUCCUGUUUUUCUCUCCCCCACAAUGUAGCGUUCUCCUCCAGCUGUAAGAGACGCCAACAAACGGCAAAACGGUGUAAAUCAACCAUGAAUAAAAAAAGGUUAAUAGUGACUUAAAUAA